GUCAAAGCCCGAUGCCACUGGGGGUCUCUGAUGGGGCGGUACUAACGACAAGCCAGGCGGCUAGCUGUGGCUAAACGAACACUAGCGGGCUUGUGAGCCAUCAAAAAAUGCCGUAUUUUUCGCUAUUGGGUUGGACUUCACAUCAUGGAAUGUAAUGAACUUAUUCCUUGGGGAAAAUUAUAUAUUAUAGCCAACGGACGUCUUUGUUGAGAAAUCGGACUGCCCCUGAGACUUGGAUGGAGUUGCAAGCAAGCGCCACGACCGAGGAGGUGUAGAACGGGUACGAAUCGGGUUUGUUUAGCUAACGUCAGCUAGCUAUUAUCGGGAGAAAGUUGCCUGUUACGAGUGAAAACAGGGCGUUACUUGCGCGAGACAAUAACCAAACUAUUGUUUGUCUGCAGAUGCCAGUUGGUCGACCCGUCUCAUCCUAAUUAUUAGCAUAGUGAGGAGCAGCCGACCUGACCAUCAUGCCUCCCAGACCGUCUUCUGGGGAACUAUGGGGCAUGCACUUGAUGCCCCCGAGCAUCCAGGUGGACUGCCUUCUCCCAAAUGGGAUGAUUCUGACAUUGGUGUGCACACGCGAGGCAACACUCAUCUCAGUCAAACACGAACUCUUCAAAGAGGCCAGGAAGUAUCCUCUCCACCACCUCCUACAAGAGGAGACCUCCUACAUCUUUGUCAGCGUUACCCAAGAGGCUGAGAGAGAGGAGUUCUACGACGAGACAAGGAGACUGUGCGACCUCAGGCUUUUUCAGGCCUUCCUGAAAGUCAUCGAACCAGUGGGCAACCGAGAGGAGAAAAUACUAAACCGAGAAAUUGGUUUUGCAAUAGGAAUGCCUAUAUGCGAGUUUGACCUGGUCAAGGACUCGGAAGUGCAGGACUUUAGAAGAAACAUAUUGAAUGUCUGCAAGGAGUCUGUGGACCUCCGAGACACUAAUGGACCCAUCAGUAGAGCGUUGUACGUCUACCCUCCCAAUGUAGAGUCGUCAGUAGAACUGCCCAAGCACAUCUUCAAUAAACUUGACAAAGGUCAAAUCAUAGUGGUCAUCUGGGUCAUCGUGUCGCCGAGCAACGACAAGCAGAAGUACACCCUGAAGAUCAAUCACGACUGCGUGCCGGAGCAUGUGAUCGCAGAGGCCAUCCGCAAGAAGACGCGUAGCAUGCUGCUGUCCCACGAGCAGCUCAAGAUGUGUGUGCAGGAGUAUCAGGGAAAGUACAUCCUCAAGGUGUGUGGCUGUGACGAGUACCUGCUGGAGAAGUACCCCCUUAGCCAGUACAAGUACGUGAGGAGUUGCAUCAUGCUGGGGCGCAUGCCUAACCUCAUGCUAAUGGCCAAGGAUAGCCUUUACUCCCAGCUGCCCAUCGACACCUUUACCAUGCCCUCGUACGCCCGACGGAUUUCCACGGCAACGCCCUAUAUGAACGGCGAGACGGCCACCAAGUCCCUGUGGACCAUCAACGGCACGCUGAGGAUCAGGAUACUGUGCGCAACCUAUGUCAAUGUAAACAUCAGGGACAUUGACAAGAUCUAUGUACGGACUGGGAUCUACCACGGUGGGGAGCAGCUGUGUGACAAUGUGAACACUCAGCGUGUGCCAUGCUCAAAUCCCAGGUGGAAUGAGUGGCUGAACUACGACAUGUACAUUCCAGACAUCCCACGUGCCGCCCGCCUCUGUCUGUCCAUCUGCUCUGUGAAAGGGAGGAAGGGGGCUAAAGAGGAGCAUUGUCCGCUAGCCUGGGGCAACAUCAAUCUGUUUGACUACACCCACACUCUAGUGGCCGGGAAGAUGGCCCUCAACCUGUGGCCUGUGCCCCAUGGCCUGGAAGACCUGCUCAAUGCCAUCGGAGUCACUGGCUCCAAUCCAAACAAGGAAACCCCUUGUCUGGAGCUGGAGUUUGAUCACUUCAGUAACCCGGUCAAGUUCCCCGACAUGCCGGCCAUCGAGGAGCACGCCAACUGUAACAUAUCCCGGGAGCUGGGCUUCAACUACUGCCACACCGGUUUGAGUAACAGACUGGCGAGGGACAACCCCCUGACGGACAGUGACAAUGAACAGCUGCGCUUGGUGUGUAACAGAGACCCACUGUCUGAAAUCACUGAGCAGGAGAAGGACUUCCUGUGGAGGCACAGACAUUACUGCGGGACUAUCCCAGAGAUACUUCCCAAGAUUCUCCUGGCAGUGAAAUGGAACUCCAGAGAUGAGGUUGCACAGAUGUAUUGCCUUCUGAAGGACUGGCCAGCCAUAAAGCCAGAACAAGCCAUGGAGUUGCUGGACUGCAACUUCCCCGAUCCCAUGAUUCGAGACUUUGCCGUGAAGUGCCUUGAGAAAUACUUAACAGACGACAGACUCUCUCAAUACCUCAUCCAGCUGGUCCAGGUUCUUAAGUACGAACAGUACCUCGACAACCCGCUGGCCCGCUUCCUGCUGAAGAAGGCUUUGACCAAUCAGCGGAUAGGACAUUUCUUCUUUUGGCAUCUCAAGUCGGAGAUGCACAACAAGACUGUGAGCCAGCGGUUUGGCCUGCUGCUGGAGUCCUACUGCCGGGCCUGUGGCAUGUACCUCAAGCACCUGAGCAGACAGGUGGAGGCCAUGGAGAAACUCAUCAACCUUACCGACCUCCUCAAGCAGGAGAAGAAGGACGAGGCCCAGAAGGUUCAGAUGAAGUUCCUGGUGGAGCAGAUGAAACGGCCUGACUACAUGGAUGCCCUACAGAGCUUCACCUCUCCACUCAACCCAGCGCACCAGCUGGGAAACCUCCGCUUGGAAGAGUGCCGGAUGAUGUCAUCGGCCAAGCGGCCCCUGUGGCUCAAUUGGGAGAACCCCGACAUGAUGUCAGAGCUGCUCUUCCAGAGCAACGAGAUCAUAUUUAAAAACGGAGAUGAUCUGAGGCAGGACAUGCUGACUUUGCAGAUCAUUAGAAUAAUGGAGAACAUCUGGCAGAACCAGGGCCUUGAUCUCAGGAUGCUGCCGUACGGCUGCCUGUCCAUCGGCGACUGCGUGGGCCUGAUAGAGGUGGUGAGAAACUCCCACACCAUCAUGCAGAUCCAGUGUAAAGGAGGCCUGAAGGGGGCGCUGCAGUUCAACAGCCACACACUGCACCAGUGGCUCAAGGACAAGAACAGGGGAGAGAUGUACGACCAGGCCAUUGACUUGUUCACACGGUCGUGUGCGGGCUACUGCGUAGCCACCUUCAUCCUGGGGAUCGGUGACAGACACAACAGCAACAUCAUGGUCAAAGAUGAUGGACAGCUAUUCCACAUAGACUUUGGCCAUUUCCUGGAUCACAAGAAGAAGAAGUUUGGCUACAAGCGAGAGCGGGUGCCCUUCGUCUUGACACAGGACUUCUUAAUCGUCAUCAGUAAAGGAACCCAGGAGUGCACCAAAACCAGGGAGUUUGAGAGGUUCCAGGAGAUGUGCUACAAGGCCUACCUGGCCAUCCGGCAGCACGCCAACCUCUUCAUCAACCUGUUUUCCAUGAUGCUGGGCUCGGGGAUGCCCGAACUGCAGUCCUUCGACGACAUCGCUUACAUCCGCAAGACCCUGGCGCUGGACAAGACGGAGCAGGAGGCUCUGGACUACUUUAUGAAGCAGAUGAACGACGCCCACCACGGCGGCUGGACCACCAAGAUGGACUGGAUCUUCCACACAAUCCGCCAGCACGCCAUGAACUGAGAUGGGGCCAUCUGCCCGGAGAGUAGCAGCAACGCAGAGAGGACGAGGGCGGAUCUUUACAUCAUCCGCCUGGACUGUGUGUCAACGGAGAGACUAGAGCGGAUCUCUGCACCAUCCGCCAACUAAGCAUGCCAUGAGCUGAGAUAGCAGAGCGGACAACACUAGCGUUCACGGAUGGAGCUAUGAAUGGAUAGAAACCAUUGACUGAAUUGAGAGGCUAGAACGGAUCGCUACAUCAUCUGCUAACUUCUGAGCUCUGAGGGAAAUGCACAUCUGUACACCAUCCACUAGGAGGCGCCAAAAGUGGAUAUUAGGGAUGCAUCGAUAGGGAAAUGACGGACUGAUGCGAUAAUCAUAUUUACUGGACAUUAUCUUUCUCAUAUUGGUAUGGCAAUAUAGCCACAGUUUUCUCUUUGUAAAAUUAGGGGAACAACCACGAUUGUAAACAGCCAUUUUGCAAAAGUUAUGUCAUUUGUAAGAUGAAAGCGAUCUAUUGUAUUAUCAGCCGAUACCGAUAUGAUGCCCGUUUUUUUUCUUCCUAUAUCAAAGCCUGCCCAGGGUCAUGUCCUGCUAACACACCAGGAUACCGUGAAGGCCUGCCCAGGGUCAUGUCCUGCUAACACACCAGGAUACCGUGAAGACCUGCCCAGGGUCAUGUCCUGCUAACACACCAGGAUACCGUGAAGGCCUGCCCAGGGUCAUGUCCUGCUAACACACCAGGAUACCGUGAAGGCCUGCCCAGGGUCAUGUCCUGCUAACACACCAGGAUACCGUGAAGGCCUGCCCAGGGUCAUGUCCUGCUAACACACCAGGAUACCGUGAAGACCUGCCCAGGGUCAUGUCUUGCUAACACACCAGGAUACCGUGAAGACCUGCCCAGGGUCAUGUCCUGCUAACACACCAGGAUACCGUGAAGACCUGCCCAGGGUCAUGUCCUGCUAACACACCAGGAUACCGUGAAGACCUGCCCAGGGUCAUGUCCUGCUAACACACCAGGAUACCGUGAAGACCUGCCCAGGGUCAUGUCCUGCUAACACACCAGGAUACUGUGAAGGCCUGCCCAGGGUCAUGUCCUGCUAACACACCAGGAUACCGUGAAGACCUGCCCAGGGUCAUGUCCUGCUAACACACCAGGAUACCGUGAAGGCCUGCCCAGGGUCAUGUCCUGCUUACACACCAGGAUACCGUGAAGACCUGCCCAGGGUCAUGUCCUGCUAACACACCAGGAUACCGUAAAGACCUGCCCAGGGUCAUGUCCUGCUAACACACCAGGAUACCGUGAAGGCCUGCCCAGGGUCAUGUCUUGCUAACACACCAGGAUACCGUGAAGACUUGCCCAGGGUCAUGUCCUGCUAACACACCAGGAUACCGUGAAGACCUGCCCAGGGUCAUGUCCUGCUAACACACCAGGAUACCGUGAAGGCCUGCCCAGGGUCAUGUCCUGCUAACACACCAGGAUACCGUGAAGACCUGCCCAGGGUCAUGUCCUGCUAACACACCAGGAUACCGUGAAGGCCUGCCCAGGGUCAUGUCCUGCUAACACACCAGGAUACCGUAAAGACUUGCCCAGGGUCAUGUCCUGCUAACACACCAGGAUACCGUGAAGACCUGCCCAGGGUCAUGUCUUGCUAACACACCAGGAUACCGUAAAGACCUGCCCAGGGCACGCAACGGAAAAUGGAUUGAUACGGAAAACAAAACAAAAAUUCUUAUUGGACAAAUCUUGUCAGUCUCUUUCUCUUUCAAUCAUGUUUUCUUCCUCUUGGUGCCCAUUGAACACGACCCAGAAUACCACCAGCAUUGUUAAUUCCCAGUGAUGGAUGGUUGACAGACACUAGGAUGUCCUUUUCAUCGUCUACUGUCAACUCUAAGACUAGCGAAGAGAACUGACAAAUCGUGUUAGAUCUCAAUUGAUGAUCACACAUCUUGUCCCCCCCCCCCCCUCCACAGAUGGAAACGGUCAUGUUUCGUGACCUCAAAGUUUGAGAUUUUGUACAGAAGUAUCCCAAUGGUCUUGUAUGCAUACAUUAUUCCUUUUUAGUCUUCAUUUUCUACUGAGCCAAAGUACUAUAUAUAUAUAUAUAUAUAUAUAUAUAUAUAUCUCCCCUACUACAUCGGACUUAUCAGUCUAACCAUGAGUCACUACUAUUCCAAUCCCUGUGUAUCUCCUUUGUAGCACUGAUCUCUACAGUAUUUGUUUGUCCAUCAGUAUUAUGAUGCGUGUGCAGCGUUCUGGAGUAAAAUGGCUGCCGUCCAGCACCCAGUUGGAUGCAACACAGAAGUUUACGAUGACCGACAGAAAAUAACUGUAGAUUUAUCCUGUAACUGUAAAUUCAUUGAAUUCAUCCUCUUCGUUUUGUUGUUUUUUCAGGGUUGUAUUUUUAAAGGGAAAUGGGGGCAAAAUGGAUGUGCAAUGUUAUAGUUCUGUUACACUAUGCAAUUUGUGAUCUUUAUGUACUGUACUGCAAAGUAGAGUCGAUGGGAGUAUCUAAUCAUAUACACAGCAUUAAAGAUGUCUUAUCAACUGUACAGACAAGACAGUACACAGAAGACGAAUGCACAAUUAUGCACUGACAGUAUCACCGAUUUCUUCCCUCACAGGAUGACUCUGGAAGAACGGAAGAACUGUUAAAAAAAAAAAGAGCCUCUUGUACCCUGCCUUACACUUUAGUUUUUUCUUCAGAUCUAACCAGACAUUUUCAGAAAGCGUUUGGAACUACCGUAGAUUUCUUUUUUUUUUUUUUGGUGACUUGGAAUUUGCUUCAUCCUAUAUUUUCAGAAUACAAGUAUGUAUAGAUUUGACCCUAUUCCAGACUUCCCCAGCAUUCUAUGUCAUAUGAACUCCCUAAUCAGUAAAGUUGUUUAAGAUCAAUAAAAUAAAAGUGUAACAGGUGAAUUUGUGGUUUUGCCUUCCCUGACAACUACCCUUUUUUAAGUGUGGAUUCUGCAGUUUUCUCAUUGCAUACAUAUCAUUUUAUUAGUCAGUUGUUUGCCAGUUUUUACCAAAUUACAUGGUAUGUGUUUCUGUGCAGGUUACAGAUGGUUGGGCAGGUCCCAUUCAAAACAAGACAACUACAAUAACUGUAUUACAAACAAUAUGCAAGCGCUAUCAUAGGACAUUUUUCCUUUUCAUUUGUGUUGUGGUUAAAUGUCAUUAUUUUCUUUUCACUGUUAAUGCAUGAGGUCCCUGAAGAUACUUUGUUCUUGAAGUUCAUGUUUUAAAUGACAUUUUGUUACUUGUGAGGUACAAUGUCAUCACACCAUGAAGAUAAGCAAUACUACCCUGGGGCCAGGGAAUAAUGUCUGGCACUCAUGAACUAUAUGCGUGUAAAUCGCUUUCCUUGAGUAACUACAGAGGUAAUAUAUUUUUGUAUUCUAAAUGUAGACUAACUCUCAAUAUAAUCACUAAACAAAACAAAAAACUGGAAUUAUGCAUAGUACAUCGUUUCACACCCCACUAGACAGCUUGUAGUUAUUGAAAUAUGAGACACUAGUGAUGGACAACAUGAGCUUGGUAAGGAGGAGAAUGUACUGAGUGUAAUUUCACUGAAGGUCUUCUGCUCUGGCUAGGAGUACAGUGUAAAAGCACAACGAUGAAAAGCGAUCCUGCAUGUUUUCAAACCCACUAUUCAUGAGUUAUCUAUUCAUCCCUGUACUAUGCACUCAUUAUUCUUUCAAACUAAUUCAUAUACCAUGUCUGGAUAGAACCCUGUAUUCAUUCACUCAUUGUACUGUUUGCUCUGUAUCCCCAGAUAUUUUGAGAACCAAUAAAUGUCAUUUCUAAUGA